CUUGGCGGCGGCGGCGGCGGCGGCGCGCGACGGCUCGGAGGUACCGGGCGCGCGCGGCUCCGGCUCGGGACGCCUCGGGCUCUGACUCUGGCUGCGGCUGCUGCAGCGGCACCCGCGCUCCGGUGCGCUCGGCCUCCUGGGCCCGCCGGGGAGCGCUGACCGCGAGCCCGCCGUGCGCCCGCCCGCCCCCUUCCCCGGGCCCGCCGGGAUGGGAGUCGCGCGCGGAACUCCGAGCAGCCCUCGCUGGCUGCCCCUGCUCAGCGUCCUGCUGCUGCCGCUGCUGGGCGGUGCCCAGGCAACCAUUGUCUUCAUCAAGGAGCCAUCGUCCCAGGAUGCGCUGCAGGGGCGCCGGGCGCUGCUCCGCUGUGAGGUCGAGGCCCCAGGCCCAGUGCACGUGUACUGGCUGCUGGAUGGGGCCCCUGUCCAGGACACCGAGCGGCGCUUCGCCCAGGGCAGCAGCCUGAGCUUCGCAGCUGUGGACCGGCUGCAGGACUCGGGAGCCUUCCAGUGCGUGGCUCGGGAUGAUGCCACCGGAGAGGAGGCCCGCAGUGCCAAUGCCUCCUUCAACAUCAAAUGGAUUGAGUCCGGUCCCGUGGUCCUGAAGCAUCCAGCCUCGGAAGCUGAGAUCCAGCCACAGACCCAGGUCAUGUUGCGUUGUCACAUUGAUGGGCACCCUCGGCCCACCUACCAGUGGUUCCAAGAUGGGAGCGCCCUGUCUGAUGGUCAGAGCAACCACACGGUCAGCAGUAAGGAGAAGAACCUGACCCUCCGGCCGGCCGGCCCUGAGCACAGUGGCAUCUACUCCUGCUGUGCCCACAAUGCCUUUGGCCAGGCCUGCAGCAGCCAGAACUUCACCUUGAGCAUUGCUGAUGAGAGCUUUGCCAGGGUGGUACUGGCUCCCCAGGACGUGGUAGUGGCAAGGAAUGAGGAGGCCAUGUUCCACUGUCAGUUCUCAGCCCACCCGCCCCCAAGCCUGCAGUGGGUCUUUGAGGAUGACACUCCCAUCACUAACCGCAGCCGCCCCCCGCACGUUCGCAGAGCCACGGUGUUUGCCAACGGGUCCCUGCUGCUGACCCAGGUCCGGCCGCGCAAUGCAGGGGUCUACCGCUGCGUAGGCCAGGGCCACAGGGGCCCUCCUGUCAUCCUGGAGGCCACUCUCCACCUGGCAGAGAUUGAAGAUAUGCCACCAUUUGAGCCACGGGUGUUCACGGCUGGCAGCGAGGAGCGUGUGGCCUGCCCUCCCCCCCAGGGUCUGCCGGAGCCCAGUGUGUGGUGGGAGCACGCGGGAACCCGUCUGCCUGCCCACGGCAGAGUCUACCAGCAGGGCCAUGAGCUGGUGUUUGCCAGCACUGCUGAGAGCGAUGCUGGUGUCUAUACCUGCCAUGCGGCCAACCUGGCUGGUGGGCGGAGACAGGAUGUCAACGUCACCGUGGCCACUGUGCCCACGUGGCUGGAGAAGCCCCAAGACAGCCAGCUGGAGGAGGGCAAGCCAGGCUAUUUGCAUUGCCUGACCCAGGCCACACCCAAACCCACAGUCUCCUGGUACAGAAACCAGAUGCUCAUCUCUGAGGACUCGCGGUUCGAGGUCUUCAAGAACGGGACCUUGCGCAUCAACAGCGUGGAGGUGUACGACGGGACGUGGUACCGCUGCAUGAGCAGCACCCCCGCUGGCAGCAUCGAGGCCCAGGCCCGCGUCCAAGUGCUGGAAAAGCUCAAGUUCACACCACCGCCCCGGCCGCAGCAGUGCAUGGAGUUUGACAAGGAGGCCACGGUUCCCUGCUCAGCCACAGGCCGAGAGAAGCCCACUAUUAAGUGGGUCCGGGCAGAUGGGAGCAGCCUUCCAGAGUGGGUGACAGACAACGCCGGGACCUUGCACUUCUCCAGGGUGACCCGCGAUGAUGCUGGCAACUACACUUGCAUCGCCUCCAACGGGCUGCAGGGCCAGAUCCGUGCCCACGUCCAGCUCACCGUGGCAGUGUUCAUCACCUUCAAGGUGGAGCCGGAGCGCACGACCGUGUACCAGGGCCACACGGCCCUGCUGCGGUGCGAGGCCCAGGGGGACCCCAAGCCACUCAUUCAGUGGAAGGGCAAAGACCGUAUCCUGGACCCCACCAAGCUGGGACCCAGGAUGCACAUCUUCCAGAACGGCUCCCUGGUGAUCCACGAUGUUGCCCCCGAGGACUCGGGCCGCUACACCUGCAUCGCGGGCAACAGCUGCAACAUCAAGCACACGGAGGCCCCCCUCUAUGUCGUGGACAAACCGGUGCUGGAGGAGUCGGAGGGCCUGGGCAGCCCUCCACCUUACAAGAUGAUCCAGACUAUCGGGCUGUCGGUGGGUGCCGCCGUGGCCUACAUCAUUGCCGUGCUGGGCCUCAUGUUCUACUGCAAGAAGCGCUGCAAGGCCAAGCGGCUUCAGAAGCAGCCGGAGGGCGAAGAGCCAGAGAUGGAGUGCCUCAAUGGCGGGCCUCUGCAGAACGGACAGCCCUCAGCAGAGAUCCAAGAGGAAGUGGCCUUGACCAGCUUGGGCUCCGGCUCCGCGGCCACCAACAAACGCCACAGCACAAGUGACAAGAUGCACUUCCCUCGGGCCAGCCUGCAGCCCAUCACCACACUGGGGAAGAGCGAGUUUGGGGAGGUGUUCCUGGCAAAGGCGCAGGGCUUGGAGGAGGGGGUGCCAGAGACCCUGGUGCUUGUGAAGAGCCUGCAGAGCCGGGACGAGCAGCAGCAGCUGGACUUCCGGAGGGAGUUCGAGAUGUUUGGGAAGCUGAACCACGCCAACGUGGUGCGGCUGCUGGGGCUGUGCCGGGAGGCCGAGCCCCACUACAUGGUGCUGGAGUAUGUGGACCUGGGAGACCUCAAACAGUUCCUGAGGAUUUCCAAGAGCAAGGAUGAAAAGUUGAAGUCGCAGCCCCUCAGCACGAAGCAGAAGGUGGCUCUGUGUACCCAAGUGGCCCUGGGAAUGGAGCACCUGUCCAACAACCGCUUUGUGCACAAGGACCUGGCCGCUCGAAACUGCCUGGUCAGCGCUCAGAGACAGGUGAAGGUGUCGGCCCUGGGGCUCAGCAAGGACGUGUACAACAGUGAGUACUACCACUUCCGCCAGGCCUGGGUGCCGCUGCGCUGGAUGUCCCCUGAGGCCAUCCUAGAGGGCGACUUCUCCACCAAGUCUGAUGUCUGGGCCUUCGGCGUGCUGAUGUGGGAAGUGUUCACCCACGGGGAAAUGCCCCAUGGUGGGCAGGCAGAUGAUGAAGUGCUGGCAGACUUGCAGGCUGGGAAGGCCAGACUCCCGCAGCCUGAGGGCUGCCCUUCCAAGCUCUACCGGCUGAUGCAGCGCUGCUGGGCCCUCAGCCCCAAGGACCGGCCCUCCUUCAGCGAGAUCGCCAACACCCUGGGAGACAGCCCCGCGGAUAACAAGCCGUGAGGAGGGAGCCCAGGCAGGCUGUGCCUCAGGAUGGUGUGGGCAGGGGAGGACCUCCUGAGGGGUGCCCACAGCAUGAUGGGCAAGAUCCUGGUCCUCUUGGGCCCUAGGGGCCCCGCCCGGGCACCACAGGCACUGCUGAGGUCAGGCAGGGCCUGGGCUUUCUUCCUCUUCCUCACCCUCAGCCCUUGGGGAGGCUGAUUUGGACCCAGACUGGGUGACUGGGGCUUUGGGCUGGGCAGCUUUCUCUGCCACCCCUUCCCCCAUCAGGGACAGUGUGGGUGCCUCAGGUAACCCCAAUUUCUGGCCUGGGUCUCCUCCCCUCCACCAGGUCCAGUUCUGCCACUCACCUGCCAACUUCCUUGGGGGAGGGCUAGGCUGGAGGUGAGCUGGCUUCAAGGGGAGUUCCUUAAUAUACUCAAGUCCUGGAUUGUUCUGGCCCCUGGGGACCACUUUGGGGUCUGCACUAGGAUCAUGGAGGACCCAGCCAGCGAGUCCCCCCCUCCCUCCAUGGACAUGUGCACGCUGACCCAGACCUGCGCCUCCUCCCCACCCUUCUCUCCUUUUCUCAUCCUAAGUGCCUGGCAGAUGAAGGAGUUUUCAGGAGCUUUUGACACUAUAUAACCCGCCCUUUUUGUAUGCACCGUGGGCGGCUUUUGUAUGUAAUUGCAGCGUGGGGUGGGAGGGCAUGGGACGCAGGGGUGGGUCCUGGAGGAGAUGGGACAGUGGGCCACCCCUGCCUCACACCUUUAUUGUUGUUGUUGUUGUUUGUUUGUUUGUUUUGGUUUUUUUUUACACUCGCUGCUCUCAAUAAAGAAGCCUUUUUUACAACCUG